AUGGCGAGCUCCUCCAGAAAAAGAGUAUUGGUAGGUUGCACUGGUAGUGUGGCUACGAUCAAGUUGCCCCAAUUGGUAGAAAUGCUACGACAGAAUAAUCUGGAAGUAAGAGUAGUUGUGACGGAGAGAGCCAAACAUUUCCUAAAGGAUGCUCAGCUGCCAUCCGAUAUCCAGGUCUUAUCCGACACAGUGGAGUGGGCUGCCUGGCAGGAUCGUGGUGAUCCAGUGCUGCACAUAGAUCUGGUGAAAUGGGCGGAUGUAUUCGUGAUAGCGCCAUUGGAUGCUAAUACCCUGGGCAAGAUUGCCAGUGGCAUAUGCGACAAUAUUGUUACCUGCGUGGCACGCGCAUGGGAUCCUUCAAAGUCACUCCUCUUCUGCCCAGCAAUGAACACCAGGAUGUGGGAGCAUCCAGUUACAAUGCCUCAAGUAUCACUGCUCAAAUCCUGGGGCUAUAAAGAAGUGCACUGCGUAUCCAAAACGUUGAUGUGUGGUGACGUGGGCAUGGGCGCAAUGGCUGAAGUAGACACGAUUGUACGGUCCACUCUGCGAGCCUUGAAUCCCUGGAUGGAUCAGUCGGAUUUAUGUCCCUAGCAGCGGCUGAGAUCGGCCUCCUCGUGCGAGCCUCGUCGACGACCUCGCGAGUAUCGAUGAAGCUCUGUCACGUCGAGAGCGCGAUUUCCAAAGAGAUUUCCAAAGACGCGCUAUGGUGCGAUUCGAACAUACGCUUAAUAAAAUAUAUGCCAAUGUCGCUUAUCUCUAACAAAAAAUUGGGACGAGCCUAAGACCCCAAUCUAUUGGGCCGCAUAUGAAUUAUAUAAUCAAGAGUUUACGUUUAUCAGUGAAAAUAUCUAUAAUUUUUUUUGUUAUAUUAUUCAUCGAAAAUUUUAUUCUUUUGCUCUGUAGGAUGAACUAUCACAUUAUCGUGAAAAUCAUUGUUAGUUAGAACCUAAGCUACGCAAAUAGCGGAAUUUGAACGCAUCAUGGUCGUCAUAUCCUUUGCUCAACCUAAAAUAAAUCAACCGUGAGGAACAAACGAAAUAAUCAUAUUUCAUCUGUCCAAUUGACGUAAUGCGAUGUAUAAUAAUGCUAUAAAGAGAAGGAAAAAAAUUCUGUUGACAUAUCCUAAAGUUGA